AAGACGAGGAGGAAGACGAAGAAGAAGAAGAAGAAGAAGAAGUAGUAGUAGCGUGGGUGAUCGUUGUGGAAGGAGCGUCUGAUUCGCUGAAGUAGAACUACGUUCUGUAAAAAAAGGUUCCUUUGAACUUAUUUUUUGUAUCGACAUUGAACGUCGCGGACACCGAGUGAAACGCCGGAAGACAUGGCAGAGAGCGACUGGGACACGGUGACUGUGUUGAGGAAGAAGGGGCCGACCGCUGCUCAGUCCAAAUCCAAGCAGGCGAUCACGGCUGCUCAGAGACGCGGGGAGGACCUCGAGACAACCAAGAAAUGGUCCGCUGGGCAGAACAAACAGCAUCUCGUGUCAAAGAACACGGCCAAGCUGGACCGGGAGACGGAGGAGCUGCACCACGACAGGGUUCCCCUGGAGGUGGGCAAGUACAUUCAGCAAGGCAGACAGGAGAGAGGCCUGACCCAGAAAGACCUGGCCACCAAAAUUAAUGAGAAGCCUCAAGUCGUGGCAGACUACGAGUGUGGGAGAGCAAUUCCCAACAACCAGGUCAUGGGCAAGCUGGAGAGAGCAAUUGGGCUGAAACUACGCGGGAGGGAUAUUGGCCUACCCCUGGAGCCAAAGACCAAGAAAUGAACAAAAGCCUCGAAAUCAGCCCCCCCCCCUUAUCUCCCUUUAACUGAAACCUGAACCCCCUUCCCUCCCCACCUCCCAGAACUCUCCUCUCCUCUCUCUUCCUCAUCCCCUCCUCUACCUGGGCUGAUCUCACCAGUGUCCUGCCUGAGGACCUGGUGAUCCACUGCAUUACAGGCUGCAUAAUAACAAGUCAUCUGAAAACACUCUCUUGACACAUACUGAAACGAAUGAUCGAUCGAACGAACGCAUUCUUCAACACAAACUCGGAAGUUCCGUGAAUUUCUUCUCACCUGAUUUCAGGCUUUGGCAUGAUAAAUUCAACUUUAUGAUUGUGAUGUAAAAUCAUUUCAAAGUCUUUUUCAUGACCAAACAAAUGGGUUUGACUAACUGUAAUUUUGAGCAUGAUGUUAAGCCAUAUGUGCUUGAUUGCAUCUCUUCUCUUCCCCCCACACACACACUUGAGACAGUGGGUGGAUGUCAUUACAGUGUUUUAAGGCUGUGCUUUGUUUUGAUCUGAAAAAUAAAGUUGGGCACCGCAUGACA